GCCAACACACUCCGUAAGCGCUGAUCUCAGAAGUCCGAGCACUGAAGUCAUUGCUGACAUGCAAGUCCAGCUAUAAAAACGACCACCACCAGCAGGCUAUUUUGAACAGCAGGGACUGAAGGAGAAAUACGGGCGUCAAUGGCGACAAUUGUUCCGAGGAUGAAGCUAGGUUCGCAGGGCCUCCAAGUGUCGGCCCAGGGUCUGGGCUGUAUGGGCAUGUCUGCCUUCUACGGUCAUCCCAAGCCCGAACCCGACUUGAUUAACCUCAUCCACCAUGCAAUCAACUCCGGCGUCACCUUUCUGGACACCUCCGACGUCUACGGUCCACACACCAAUGAAAUUCUCCUCGGCAAGGCUUUAGGAGGGGGGAUGAGGGACAAGGUAGAGUUGGCAACAAAGUUUGGAGUCAAAUUUGUUGAUGGGAAGGGUGAGAUAUGUGGAGAUCCAUCCUAUGUGCGAGCUGCAUGUGAGGGGAGCUUGAAACGGCUUGGCACUGACUGCAUUGACCUCUAUUAUCAGCAUCGCAUUGAUACACGAAUUCCCAUUGAAGUCACGAUGGGAGAACUCAAAAAGCUCGUUGAAGAAGGUAAAAUAAAAUAUGUUGGUCUCUCAGAAGCUUCCGCUUCGACAAUCCGAAGAGCUCAUGCUGUUCAUCCAGUAACAGCUGUCCAGUUAGAGUGGUCUCUGUGGACAAGGGACUCAGAGGAAGAAAUUAUCCCUACUUGCAGGGAGCUUGGAAUUGGAAUUGUAGCAUAUAGUCCCCUGGGGCGAGGAUUUUUGUCCUUAGGUCGAAAUCUAGUCGAGAAUUUAACUGAAGUUGAUCGACGAAAGGGUAACCCAAGGUUCCAAGCAGAGAAUGCUGAGCACAAUUACAACUUGUACGAGAGGAUAAACGAAAUAGCAGCGCAAAAAGAAUGCACCCCGUCGCAACUAGCUUUAGCCUGGCUGCAUCACCAGGGAGACGAUGUCUGUCCCAUCCCUGGUACCACUAAGAUUGAAAAUUUCAACCAAAACAUUGGAGCCUUGUCUGUGACUCUCACUGAAGAAGACAUGUUCAAGCUUGAAUCAAUUGCUUCUGCAGUGAAAGGUGAGAGGCAGCCCCCUAGUGUUUUAACAUGGAAAGAUUCUGAUACUCCACCUUUGUCGACAUGGAAAUCUGCAUAAUCAGAUAACACGCCAUGGACAGGCAAUGAAUUAAUUGUGAGCAUAUGACUCAGUUUUGAUUCCUUUUGAGAAUAAAGUUACAGUGGAAUAAAUGCACUAGUCCAGGCAAUGCUUAUGUAAUUAUAAUAUAUUAAGGGCCCAGUUUCAACUAUGGUUGAUAUAUGAACAUAUUCGGUAAUAUUUGAGUGGAAUUGACUUAUUGGAUUAUGUAUUUACAAAAAUGGAGGCGUAUUUGAGAGGGGAGCAUAAGAAAGUGAGUUAAGUUAAUAGUAAUACAAGGGUGUAAAAGUCAUUUAUCCAAUAUAAUACUCCCACCGUCUCGUAAA